AGCCGGCACCUGCCACACACCUGUGCAGAGCCCGCCCUCCGCUUCCCGUCGCAAGAAUGGCGGGCUCCCAGCUGCCGCCGCUGCCUCUUCUGCUGUUGGUUCUCUUGCUGCCGCUGAUACCUUCUGAAACUACGGUCUCAGAUGUUGCAAACUCACCUUCUCCCUUCAACCGCCCAACAGAAGAGAGCCCGGAGACAAGCGUCCUCAUGCACCCUAGCACCUCUAGUUCAGAGGCAGAUUCCACAACCUCCCACCCUGCUUCAGAUUCAUGGGCAACCUCCACCCUCCAGCCCACUUCCCUACAACCAGAGUUAAGCUCCCACACCAGCUCUGGCUCCCCGAGUACAGAGCUCCCCCUCACCUCCCACUCCAGUCCCCCAAGUUCCAUCUCCUUGACCACCCCUCACUGGAGCUCCACUCACUCCAACCCCAGCACAGUGCCUUCCUCCAUGUCCCCCGCCUCCAUUGACGGGACCACCUUAGCUUCUGGCCUUGGUGACACUGGGGCCCCCGAGUUGCACAGAGACCCAGGUGUGGUGGUGGCCGUGUGUCUGCUGGUGUCUCUUUUGCUCAUUGGGUCUGUGGUAAUGGCCGUGAGGCACUGCCACAAGGGCGUGUCUGAGUUCCAGGAGCUGGAUGAGGGGCUUGUAAGUCGAAGGUCAUCCUCUGCCCAUCACCGGAUGGAGUGAUCCUCAAGAGCCUGGGAGAGAGGGAGGCUUGGAUGGGGCUGGGGGUGUCUGGGGAGGGGCAAGGCUUGUGGGAAUAAAGCCCUAUUCCUCUGAG